AUGAAGUUCUCGUUCAGUCUUGUCCAGGGCGUGAGCCUGUUGCUCUCCUUGAGUCCUUCCGUUGAAGGUUUCACUCGCUCGAGAAACGAUGCAUGCAAGCCCAAUCACCCAUUCCAGCCUCUACCGUCCAGUGUGCCUCGGACAAAAACAUGCCAUGUUGUCAGCAACGGCAAUGGUAGCGACGACUCCAAGAACAUCGUGCAAGCAUUGCAUAAAUGCAACAAUGGUGGCAAGGUUGUCUUUGAUGCCAACAAGGUGUACACUGUGGGUACCGCCUUGGACUUGACAUUCCUUAAGAACAUUGACCUGGAGGUGCUUGGGAAGAUUCAGUUUACCAAUGACACCGACUACUGGCAAGCCUAUGCCUUCAAGCACGGCUUCCAGAAUGCUACGACCUUCUUCCAGCUUGGUGGUGAGGACGUCAACGUCUAUGGUGGCGGUACCUUUGACGGCAACGGACAGGUCUGGUACGAUCUCUACGCAAAGGAUGCGCUCAUCCUGCGUCCUAUACUGUUCGGUGUUAUUGGACUGAAGGGAGGAACAAUUGGGCCUCUGAAGCUCCGCUACUCGCCCCAGUGGUACCACUUUGUGGCCAAUUCUUCAGAUGUGGUCUUCGACGGCAUCGAUAUCUCCGGAUACAGCAGCAGCAAGAACGUGGCUAAGAACACUGACGGAUGGGAUACCUACCGCUCGAAUAACAUUGUCAUCCAAAACUCUGUCAUCAACAAUGGCGAUGGUAUAUCUGCUUACACCCAACCUCAAGGAAAUAAACUGACAGAACAUGCAGAUUGCGUGUCCUUCAAGCCCAACAGUACCAACAUCCUCGUCCAGAACCUCCACUGCAACGGCUCUCACGGCAUCUCCGUCGGCUCUCUUGGUCAAUACAAGGGCGAGGUUGACAUUGUGCAGAAUGUCCUCGUCUACAACAUCUCCAUGUUCAAUGCAUCGGAUGGUGCUCGUAUCAAGGUGUGGCCCGGUGUGUCGUCCGCCCUGUCUGAGGACCUACAGGGCGGCGGUGGCCUGGGGUCGGUGAAGAACAUCACGUACAACCAGAUGUACAUUGAGAACGUCGACUGGGCUAUUGAGGUGACCCAGUGCUACGGACAGAGUAACUUGACUCUGUGCAACCAGUACCCUAGCAACCUCACCAUCUCAGACAUCCACUUCAAGAAUUUCCAGGGAACAACAUCCGGCAAGCGCAACCCCGACGUCGGCACAAUUGUCUGCUCCAGUCCGAAUGUUUGCUCCAACAUCUACGUUGAGAACAUCAACGUGAAGAGUCCCAAGGGAACAGAUGAAUUUGUUUGCACCAAUGUUGACAAGAGCCUUCUGAAUGUCAACUGCGCAUAG